AAUAAAUAAAACAAAAAAAAAACUCAAUUUGUCGUGUUGUCAAAAGAGCUCAAUACAGUCGAUUGUGAUGUCGAAACAAUAAUUUAAAUGAAAUUAUCAGUUUACGAUACUAUUAAUCAACCGGACCAUGUAAAUUAAACAUGCGAUAGUAAAGGAGUACAGCUUUCAAGUCAUACGUUCCUUGUUAACAGUGCAUUUUCGUUGAAAAUUAACAAAAAGUAGUCAGCAGAAUGGAUGGAACUUGGGUACUGAUUUUACUGGCUCUGGUGAUGCUAGUGGGGUCCUAUGUAGCUGGAAGUAUACCUUUGAACGUGAGCAUGUCCGAGGACAAGCUCCAAAAAGUAACAGUAUUUGGUGCCGGUCUGCUAGUAGGCACAGCCCUAGCGGUGAUCAUUCCGGAAGGCGUCCGAUCUCUGUUCAGUGAGCGAUCAAACCCAACGGUGGUUACAAAAGACUUUACUGCGGAACCGCCCAGUCAUGACGAUGAUUUACAUUCUGUUAUUGGGAUAUCACUUGUUUUAGGAUUUGUGUUUAUGCUACUUGUAGACCAGAUGUCAUCAAGAUAUAAUGAUCAAAGCAAUCCCGUUGAGAAGAAUGUUACAGCCACCGUGGGUCUAGUUGUGCAUGCUGCAGCGGACGGCAUAGCCUUGGGCGCUGCAGCGACUACCUCUCACGCUGAUGUGGAGCUGAUAGUCUUCCUGGCUAUCAUGUUGCAUAAGGCACCAGCUGCCUUCGGACUGGUCACCUUCCUACUUCACGCGGGGCUUGAGAGGAACAGGAUACGAAAGCAUCUGCUGAUAUUCUCGUGUGCCGCCCCCCUGCUCGCUUUGCUCACGUACUUCGGUAUCGGCAAUGAGAGCAAACAGACUUUGAGCGAUUUUAAUGCUACAGGAAUAGCAAUGCUCUUCUCAGCGGGUACAUUUUUAUACGUCGCCACAGUCCACGUUCUACCAGAAUUGACCCAUCCCCAGUCCCACACUCAUUCUCUACUCCCCAUGCAAGAUGGAGUUCCCCCAAAGAAAGGUUUCGGGGGACUACUCCUCUCAGAGAUGAUAAUUCUAACCGUAGGAGCACUGAUGCCACUCUUACUUACAAUGGGACACAAGCACUGAUUUGUAAAGCUCCGAUAAUGGGGGAUUUUCUUUAAAAAAAUAUAGUUCUCAAGUGUGACUAGAUGGCGUUGUACCUACUACGUGAUUGUGGUUUAGCACCGAGCCUUUUGACCCGAGACCCGAGAAAUUCAGAUUUCUGGAUAAAUUGUUGUCCAAAUCUCUCGGGACAUUCGGAUAAUAAUCUGACUUCUUCACUUGUAACUAUGUAUGUAAGAAAAUCUUGGAAUCUUAAUUUGACCCACUUCCCGGUCUUCGAUUAGGAUUUAAUUUUGCACACGCUCUGAGUUCUGAUAACAAUACAUGACUAGCGUGUUUUUUAGUUUUUAAAACUUAUUAUUCGCAUUUUUUAUUUUUUUUUAUGACAAAAACGUUUCGUUAUACGACCUGAGAAUUAUAUGAAGUUGAUAUGACGUUCCGUUCCACGCAUUCACGUAUCUAGGUCAGCGCCAUCUAGUCAUCAGCUAGGAAAAGAAUGAAAAAGAAAAUCCUUCAUUUUGAUGAAAUUUGGCAAAAGUAUCGGUGAGUUUUGUGCGAGCUCGGUGUUGCAUCAAAAUUUGUUUGUGAAUUCGCUUUUGUGAUAGAAAAUUGUAGAUGAAUUUUUUGUAUGUAUAUUUGUGUAAUAACGGAUACUAUUUAAAGUGUUUAAAUUAAUUAUUUUAUUGAAUUGUUAGUCGAUUUUUUAAAAUGCCUAAUUAAUAAAAAAAACUUGAACAGAUUUUGAAAACUACCAUUGAGUAUGAAUAAAAAAAGUUUUACUUUAAUUUUUUAUGUUUUCAAAAUCGACUUUUAAUUAUAAUAAAAAGACAAGCAAUAGUUAUUAUUACAUUUAGAAAAAGAUAUCAACAUUUUUAGCAAUAAAAAUAAGUCUUAAAAAAUAUUUAAAGUACCUAUUACUAACAAACUAUCAAAAGACAUAUUCUUUCUACAAUAACAGCGUUUUAUCACUAGCGGAUUUUCCGCGCGGUUUUUCUGCGCGACAAAAAUCUAUUGACACCUACCUAUGACGAACAAUGCUACCCAAAACUGACAGUUUUAUAUACCUAGUGUAAAAAAUUUAACUUGUUCGCGCGAUAAAAUCCACUAGUGUAAAAAUGCAGUUUUUUCAAAUGGUGAAAUUUUAAUUAUAUGCCCCAAAAACUAAAAAUAUAAUAAACAGAUCUUAUGAAACGGACAAAAUUUGUGCGUAUAGUUUCUAAUUAGUGUGUAUUUAGUAAAAUAAUUUUGAAAAAAAAGAGCAUAAAUCUACCUAUUAUUAUUAUGAAGGUGAAGUGUGUCUGUUUGAACGCGCUUAUCUCACGAACUACAAGAUCGAUUUGAAAUUUAUUUCAAUGAUAGAUAGCCUAUUUAUCAAGGAAGGAUUUAGGCUUCUUAUUACCCGAGUGCGCGGAAUUGUCCCUACGGUAAGCUCACUCUGCAGACUUUUAGUCGGCCGAUAAUUUGUUUGGGCUCAGUAUGAAAAGGUAGGGGUAGUAGUCCUUGGAGAACAAAAUAAUUAGCGGAGGUGCCAUAACGGAGUCUCCUAAGAAAAUAGCGCGCCAAAAUGCGGGUGUUCGAGGGACGAGGAACCCGAACGCCUCGUUAGUUCACUCGUAACUGACCGUUUUGUUCAUGCUUAGUUGCCUACCGUACGAAUUUGGCCUAGAAAAAGGCGCCUGACCUAUUUGCGUUAUGGCAUCUCCGCUCAUCUUUUCUUAUUCCGUGAAUUCAUGAUUAAAAAAAAACAAACAUCGGGCAACUAUCGGCCGACUAUUUCGUUUGUACCUGGUAUUCUUAAUCCUGGUUUUUGCAGCUAAUUUUGAAUUAAAUUCAGAUGAAUCAGUGGCUGGUAAUUAGUAUAAUAAUUUAAAUAAUAAGUAAAUAUAAUUUACACUUAGAAGAUUAUUUUAGGCUGUGUAUUCAAGAUUUUAAGUUUUUUUUAAACAUUUUAUUUUUCUGCUUAGUUUAAUUUAGAACAAAAUUCAGGUUGAUGAAUUACUUGGAUACAUACUUAUAUGUUAUUUUUCUACAUAAAUCUAGUUUCUUUUACUUCUAUAAGAAAUGUGAAAAACAACAAAAUAAGCCGAUAUUAUUUUAAGAGACGAAAUAUAAGAGAAUGCUGUGUAAAUUAAAAAAAAAAUAUUUGUUCUCAUAUAAAGAAUGACCUAAAAGAAAAUGAUCACUUUUAAUUAAAAAAAAAAUGCAUAGAUUGCAAAAACUUUAGACUUUAGACUUAAUUGAUGUAAAAGUCAUGUGCCAACGACGUAUUAAGAAAAAAAAAGGAAUUCAUAAUUUUUUUUCAAGGUCGAAGACCAUUUUCGGUCUUGAAGCAAAUAUUAUACACAAACUGCAUCAAGCUACUCUAGUCUGUACAUUUCUCCCAAUCAACAUUGAACCUUAUCUCAUUGAACAUCCUUGGCAGUCGUUACAGGUAGUCAGAAGCCGGUAAGUCUGACGCCAGUCUAACCAAGCGGUAUCGGGUUGCCCGGGUAACUGGGUUGAGGAGGUCAGAUAGGCAGUCGCUUCUUGUAAAGCACUGGUACUCACCUGAAUCCGGUUAGACUGGAAGCCGACCCCAACAUAGUUGGGAAAAAGGCUCGGAGGAUGAAGAUUGAACCUUAUACUUUAGAUAUAAAGUUGAAAAUUUAUUAAAGACAUUUGACAGAUUGUAAUAGCUUGAUGUGCCGUUUUCAAAAAAAGGUUUUAAUUAAUAUGUUUGUGAUCUCUAAAAAGGUCUUCUUUUAACAAAAUAAUAGUUUUGUCUGGUCUAUAUUUCUCAUGUUUUAAUAGUUUUUUUUUUGUCAAAAAUGGACAAAACCUUUUAAUCUGUGAAAUAAGGUGGUAAGAAUGGUAUUCAAAAAGUACCUUAAGACAAAAUGGUGUUUUAUGAAAUUGUAAAAAAAAAACAUGUAUGUAUUUCGAAUGUGAAUGUCGUUGAAUAAAUAAUAACUAUAUAAGAAUGUACAAUGUUUAUUGUUGUCUGUAUGUAAAUAAUAUUGUUUUUGUAUAUUUGUGGUGUGUUUACUUUGUACAUAUGAAUAAACGCUUGUAUUAAAAA